GGCACAGGAGUACAGGACACAACUCUCCCUUUUCUAUUUCAAUCUGCAGAUUUCUUCUCAUGCAACCUUCGGUCGAUCAUUGGCCCAUCUCAUUCUCAUGUUUACCCGCCAACGAGAUUUCAAAAGCAUCCUUACAAUAGCGAAGCAACGGUCAACAAAUUUGAAAAGUCAUCGUUCUUAUCAAAAUGCACACCACUUGUCCGACCGAAAUCCCCAUCCAAACGUUGGCUUUAACAACCAUUCUAUGCUUGCAUGUUUCAGCAGAAACUGUCCUCUUGAAGCUCUCAAAAUCUUCAGAGAACAGCUGCAAUUGGGCCUCAAUGGCACCAUUAAUGAAGUCACCGUAGCUAUUGCUCUCAAGGCUUGUCGUAGGGACGCUAAAGCCGGCUUCCAAAUCCAUGGCUUCGCGAUUUCUUCUGGGCUGGAUUCGUUUCUCACCGUCUCGAAUUCUCUAAUGAACCUGUACUGCAAAUCUGGGAAAUUUGAUCAAGCAUGUUUAAUCUUUGAGAACUUACAUGAUGCUGACAUUGUUUCUUGGAACACUAUCCUUUCCGGUUUCCAUCAAAGCCAAGAUGCGAUAAAAUUUGCUCUUCAAAUGCAUCUAAAUGGGGUCUUCUUUGAUGCUGUGACUUAUACCACCGUUCUUGCCUUUUGUUCAGACAUUCAGGAGUGCCUUCUGGGAUCUCAACUUCAUUCCCACAUUUUAAAAUCCGGGUUUGGCUCCGAGAUUUUCAUAGGAAAUGCACUUAUAACUAUGUAUUCGAGGUGGGGCCAUCUAGACGAAGCUAAGAGAAUGUUUGAUGAAAUGCCUAACAGAGACUUGGUUUCUUGGAAUGCUUUACUCUCGGGGUAUACCCAGGAAGGUAACUACGGAGUAGAAGCGAUAAGUGUCUUCACUAAAAUGGUGAAAGAAGGGAUGGAACUCGACCAUGUUUCGUUUGCUAGUGUUGUUUCGGCCUGCGGCCAUGAAAGAAGCUUAGAGCUUGGAAGACAAAUACACGGUUUGAUUAUAAGAACUGGAUAUGGGACUGAUGUUUCAGUUUGUAAUGUUCUGAUUUCUAUGUAUGCAAAAUGUGAGCUACCGGAGGACGCAAAAAUAGUCUUUGAGGGGAUGAUCCAACGAAAUGUGGUAUCUUGGACGACUAUUGUUUCUAUAAAUGAAAAGGAUGCUUUCUCACUCUUUAACAGUAUGAGACGAGACGAAGUUUAUCCAAAUGAUGUCACGUUCAUAGGUUUAAUACAUGUUGUAUCAAUGAAUGCCUUGGUGAAAGAAGGGAAAAUGAUUCAUGGGUUCUGUAUAAAAACUGGUUUUUUGUCAGAAUUGAAUGUUUCUAACAGCUUCAUCACCAUGUACUCUAAGUUUGAAUCCAUGGAGGAGUCCAAGAGGGUGUUUGAUGAGCAGAGUUACAGAGAGAUUAUGUCAUGGAAUGCUUUGAUUUCUGGUUAUGCACAAAAUAGGAUGUGUCUUGAGGCUUUGCAGGCAUUCUUCUUGGCGAUUCAGGAGUCUCAUCCAAACCAGUUCACCUUUGGCAGUGUCUUAAGUGCAAUUGGAGCUGCUGAACCAUUGUCGCUGAGGCUUGGGCAACGAUGCCACUCAAGCAUCAUCAAGCUUGGGUUGAACACAGACCCGAUCGUGUCUGGUGCCCUCCUUGACAUGUAUGCAAAGCGUGGGAACAUUGACGAAUCUCUGAGGGUGUUCAAUGAAGCACCAGAGAGGAGCAAAGUUGCUUGGACUGCCAUCAUCUCAGCCCAUGCUCGUCAUGGCGAUUAUAAAUCAGUGAUGAGUUUGUUUGAGGAGAUGGAGAGGGAAAGGGUACCUCCAGACUCAAUCACUUUCCUUGCUGUACUAACAGCGUGCAGUCGCAGUGGAAUGGUUGAAACAGGUUCCCGGGUAUUUCAGUCAAUGAUCAAUGACCAUUCUAUAGAGCCAUCCCCUGAGCAUUAUUCAUGUGUGGUGGAUAUGUUGGGGAGGGCAGGGCGGCUGGAGGAGGCAGAGGAGUUUGUUAAUCAAAUGGCAACAAGGCCAGGGUUAUCUGUGUGGCAGAGCUUGCUUGGGGCUUGCAGGAUACAUGGGAAUGUAGAGAUGGCUAAGAGGGCGGCAGAGGCUUUGAUGGAGAUGGAACCUAUGGAGUCUGGUCCAUACGUGUUGAUCUGCAACUUGUAUGCUGAGAAGGGGGAAUGGGACACGGUGGCAAAGAUAAGAAAAGGUAUGAGAAAGAGAGGAGUGAAGAAGGAAGUUGGGUUUAGUUGGGUGGAUGUGGGUGAUGGUUCCAUGUGUAUGCAUGGUUUCUCCUCAAAUGAUAAGUCUCAUCCACAAGUUGAGGAAAUAUGUAAGAUGGCAGGACGUAUAGAUUUGGAAAUGAGGUUUUGGGAGAGUGAGAAAGAAUCUGAAAUAUCACUUGUGAUAUAAGAAGGGAGAAUCAUAGAUAGCCCCCUCAAACUGUAUCCUAUUUUGGCAUAAUCAUUCUUUACAUUCUUUCCAGUUUUGUUCA